AUGUCAGAUAUCUUGCUUGACACGUUGGUGUCGUCACUAGACAGCGAUAGCCAGAAGUACUUGGAGAACGACAGCCAGGUGCGCCAGCAGAGCGAGGCAUUUCUCCUGGAGCUCUUGAUCAACGACGACUUGCUCUCCACCGACAUCUACACAACCACCACCACCACCAACACCACCAGCAAGGAACACAAACCAACGUUGAUCGAGGUGAUUGCCGAGCUCGAACUGAGACAGCGCCAGAUCAACGUGGAAUUGGCGUCGUUCACAAACGAAAACAAGGACUUGAUCAUCGAAAUCAGCAGCGACUUGAACACCGUGGACUCUACCAUCAAGAACGACUACGACCACGAGCUUUCCGCCAUGCUCAAUGUGUUGGAGGGCGGGCUGCCCUCCAAGUUCCAGGUGUCUAUCAACGAAAAAUUGACCAAUUCCAUCAAAUCCUCCAAUACCAUCUUGUCCAACAUCGACUCGGUGCUUGAUUUCUUGGAGCUUCCUGCCUUGUGCAAAUUGUGCAUCUUGCAGGGCAACUACCUGGAAUCCAUCGAAAUCUCCAUAUUAGUGCAGGCGUUGAUAAUAAGGUUCCCCAAGCUUGUGAUAUUCCAGAAAAUCCAUGAACAAGUGGUGGCCGAAUUACGACUCAUGGUCAAGGGUUUGAUCAAGUUGCUCAACACAAACUUGAGACAAAACAGCAUAUUGAAGAUUUUCCAGAUCUUAAACAAACUUCAAGGUGACCCCUCCAUUGGAUUUUAUGGCUCGAGCGAUGAAAAUGGCCAGAAAACGAGCUCCACUAAGGAUAAGUCCAACAAUGACAAAUUCUUGAAGAUCAUAUACUUGCAUGCAAGGUUCAAGUUCAUAGUAAAUGAGUUGUCUAACUUGAAACCUUUAAUUAAAUUCAACAAGUUGACAUACUUAAAGAGAUUUAUCGAGAUUUAUCGUGAAUUCUUAUUCAAUUCAUUGUCGAUUUAUUUUGCCAUAUUCAACCCCACUAGUUCAAAUACUCAUCUGGAGAGUCCAGAAGAUAAGUUAUUAGUCAAUCAGUUCAUCAGAAACUUAGCCAAUAUCUUAUCGGAAGAAGUGAAACGUUACUUACCUGAUAUUUUGAGUCCCAACGAUGCCGAUGAUGAAGACGAAUUUGAUGUUCAAUCAAGAAAAGAUGGUUUAAUUUUACAGAUUACCUAUCUCUGUAAGUCUCUUUCAAAAUAUAAUGUUGAUUUCGAAGCUAUAAUGGUCUCUAAACUAGGAUUUGGAGUCGAUUCUUUGAUCACUGAAGAAGAUUGGUUGAGAAAUUUAGCAAAGGUCAAGAAAUUCAGACAGUAA